CUGGAGCUGGAAGACAUCAUUGUUGCUUGGUGGACUUCUGAGCGCCACUGAUCCUGUGGCUGUUGUUGCUCUGUUGAAGGAGCUUGGUGCAAGCAAAAAAUUGAAUACAAUUAUUGAAGGAGAAUCCUUGAUGAAUGAUGGCAAUUGUGGUCUAUCAGUUGUUCUAUCGGAUGGUUCUCGGAGAGAGCUCUAACGGGGCGGUGAUAGUCAAAUUUCUAACACAAGUCUCACUUGGAGCUGUAGGCAUUGGUGUUGCUUUUGGAAUUGCAUCUGUUCUUUGGCUUGGGUUUAUUUUCAAUGACACGGUGAUAGAGAUUGCACUGACACUUGCCGUGAGCUACAUCACUUACUUCACUGCACAAGAGGGUGCUGAUGUUUCUGGCGUUUUGGCAGUGAUGACAUUAGGAAUGUUUUAUGCUGCAGCUGCUAGGACUGCUUUUAAGGGUGAAGGGCAGCAGAGCUUGCAUCACUUUUGGGAAAUGGUUGCUUAUAUAGCAAAUACAUUAAUCUUCAUAUUAAGUGGCGUAGUUAUAGCUGAAGGUGUUCUCAGCAGUGAUGGUGUCUUUCAUAACCACGGAAAUUCUUGGGGCUACCUAUUUCUUCUAUAUGUUUUUGUGCAAGUAUCUCGGCUUUUAGUUGUUGGAGUAUUAUACCCAUUUUUACGAUACUUUGGUUAUGGUUUGGAUUGGAAAGAAGCUACUAUUCUCAUAUGGUCAGGUCUCCGUGGGGCUGUUGCCUUGUCACUCUCACUAUCAGUUAAGCGCACUGGUGACAGCUCAACAUAUCUCAGUUCUGAGACGGGAACUUUGUUUGUUUUCUUCACUGGCGGAAUCGUAUUUCUGACACUUAUUGUGAAUGGAUCAACGACACAGUAUAUUUUGCAUAUCCUAGAUAUGGAUAAGCUAUCAGCUGCCAAGGAACGCAUAUUGAACUACACGAAGUAUGAAAUGUUGGACAAAGCAUUAGCAGCUUUUGGUGAUCUUGGAGAUGACGAGGAACUUGGACCUGCUGACUGGUCUGCUGUCAAAAGAUAUAUUGCAAGCUUGAAUAAUUUGGACGGAAGGAGUAAUCCCCAAACUGAAUCUGAAAACAAUCUAGACCCAACAAAUUUGAAAGACAUUCGCGUACGUUUUCUAAAUGGUGUCCAAUCUGCAUACUGGGGAAUGCUUGAUGAGGGAAGGAUAACUCAGACUACCGCAAAUAUUUUAAUGCAUUCAGUAGAUGAAGCAAUCGACAUGGCUUCACAUGAGCCUUUAUGUGAUUGGAAGGGGUUAAAGGCUAAUGUUCAUUUCCCGAGUUAUUACAAGUUCCUUCAAGCAAGCAUUUGCCCUCGAAAACUGGUUACUUAUUUCAUCGUAGGGAGACUGGAAUCUGCAUGUUACAUUUGCGCUGCAUUUCUACGUGCCCACAGAAUCGCACGGCGACAACUGCAUGACUUCGUAGGUGACAGUGAAGUUGCUUCUACAGUCAUUACUGAAAGUGAGGCAGAAGGAGAAGAAGCGAGAGAAUUUUUGGAGGAUGUCCGUGCUACAUUUCCUGAGGUGUUGCGUGUUGUGAAAACCAGGCAAGUAACUUAUUCAGUGCUGAACCAUUUAAGUGAUUAUGUCCAAAAUCUUCAGAUGAUUGGGCUCUUAGAAGAAAAAGAGAUGCUUCAUCUUCAUGAUGCUGUCCAAACUGACUUGAAAAGACUUCUAAGGAAUCCUCCUAUAGUAAAGAUCCCUAAACUAACUGAUUUGAUUAGCAUGCAUCCUUUGUUGGGGGCCCUUCCUUCUACAGUACGUGAACCGCUUGAAGGUUCUAGCAAAGGCACAAUGAAAUCACGUGGAGUGCCACUUUACAAGGAGGGCUCUAGGCCAAAUGGCGUUUGGCUUAUUUCUAAUGGUGUUGUCAAGUGGAGGAGUAAUAGCAUAAGGAACAAGCACUCAUUGCAUCCAACUUUUACACAUGGGAGCACAUUGGGCAUAUAUGAGGUCCUAGUUGGAAAGCCUUACAUCUGUGACAUGAUAACAGACUCUGUGGUACUCUGCUUCUUUAUUGAAAGCAACAAAAUACUUUCAGCACUAAGGUCAGACCCUGCAGUGGAAGACUUCCUGUGGCAGGAAAGUGCUAUUGCACUAGCCAAACUUUUACUUCCUCAAAUAUUUGAAAAGAUGGUAAUGCACGACAUGAGAGCUCUUAUUGCAGAAAGGUCAAUGAUGAACACAUACAUAAGGGGAGAAACAAUAGAAAUACCUUACCACUCCAUUGGCUUUCUGUUAGAAGGAUUUGUAAAGGCCCAUGGCUAUCAAGAAGAACUGAUUACAUCACCUGCAGUACUGUUGCCUCCGCAUAAAAAUCAGAGCUUUAACACUCACGGAACUGAAAGCAGUCAAACUGAAAUAACAGGUGCCAAGAUAUCCAGUUUCUCUCACCAAAGAUCCAGCUAUCAAGUUGAGACAAGAGCAAGAGUGAUAAUCUUCGACAUUGCAGCAUUUGAAGCUGAUAGUAUGCUGCAGAGAAGGUCAUCCUCUUUAGUACCACACACAGUUGAUCAUCCCCAUAGACCUCUAAACAGAGAGCAUGGUCUUAUGAGUUGGCCUGAAAAUAUCCACAAGGCAAAAUCACAUGAGCAGAAUCUUGAAAAUGGACAAGCAAAGAGCUUGUCUGCAAGAGCAAUGCAGCUGAGCAUCUUUGGUGGCAUGGUUGAUGUGCAACGUCGUAGCCAUGGUUCCUCAAGUGAUGUAGUGCAGCGAUCACAUAGCAUGUCAUUUUCAAGAGCUGGAUCAUUUCAUGGCCGCCCUCUUGUUUCUAUUAGAUCAGAAGGAAAUGCUAAUGUAAGGAAGAACAUACAAGCAAGAAACUUGACGUGGAAAGUUCCUGCUCCUCCACAUCAUAGUACAGACACAAACAAGAGCAAUGUGUUGGAUCAUUCUAGUGACGAAUCUGGUGCUGAAGAUGAGCACAUAGUAAGAAUUGACUCACCAAGUAGGCUUUCUUUCCGCCAGGCUUCUUAAAUAUGAUUUGUUAAUUACCUGUAUUAACUGCAUUCUGUUUAUACGAGUUUUGAUGAUCAAACGUUAGAAAUCUCUAUGUAGAAAGGCAUGCUGAAUAAAGAGGAUGGCUCAUUGAGGCCUCUAAUUUAGUCAGCGAUGCUUUUCCUUGGCUUUGAGCAUGAGAUUGAAAAAUAAUCUUUACUUCCAUCAUUCAUGAAAGAAACGCAAGUCUCUUGCUUCCGAUGUUUGUUUAGUUAACAGCCCAAGAAGAGAAUGUUGGGGUACAAUGUAAAAUUCAUCAGUGAGAGCAAGCAGAAAGACACCAUUGAUGUAUUUUCUAGAGAUAGUCUGCAUGUAUUCUCGGCCAAACAAAUAAGGUCCUUGGAGGCUAUAGGCAAUCCAGACUUUGGCAUUGUAAUGAAUCUAAUUUUGUUUGGUUGGUUCUCA